AUGAUUCCUGGUCUCGUGGAUUACGUUGCUCAAGCGAAAGAAAAUUGCAAUCGAAACUCGACUUUGUUGACGUGGGAUGAAUCAGCAGCAAUCUAUCUUUACUCAAUGCCAAUACCUUUCUUUUCCGAUCUCAAUAAAGCACUUCGUGCUGAAAAUCGGCAUAAUCUAAAGCCGUGGUUUGCUUUCUUGAAACUUUUCAUGACUGCUCUCGUAAAGUUACCAUCACUUAAAACUAUUGUUUGGCGAGGUGUUUGGGGCGAUAUCGGCUCAGCUUUCGUUGACAACUAUCGGGAAACUUGGUGGAGUGUAAAUUCAUGUUCGAGAGCUCUGAAAGUUGUUGAGCUAUAUUUAGGGAAGAUGGGUACCGUGUUUGCUAUUAAUGCGAUUCAUGGUAAAGAUAUUUCUGAAUAUUCAGUGUUUAAAGAAGAGCAAGAAGUUAUUCUUAUGCCUGGAACUUGUGUGCGCGUUAAUGGCAAAUCGCUGAACUUCGAAAAUCGCCUGUUCAUUGUUCACAUGGAACAAGAAGAUCCUGAACCAAUGCCAAUAGUGUCGGUAGGUCGCAUGUAA